AUGACAAAUAAAGAGAAAGACGGCCUUCCUUUGAUUGUGUUUAUACCUAUUAUUAUUUGCGCUAUAUGUAUUCUAGUCUUACUAGAUAUUCGAAAAAAACGAAACGAUCCUCAAAUAACUGCUUUUUAUCAAGAUGAUGACCAAGAUCAUGUGUUUGAUGAAACAAAUCAUCCAAAUGUCUCUUCUGAGGAAGAUAAUGGAGAAGGAUCUUCUACAGCAGUACGCGUCAAAAAAAUAGGGAAAAAACGAGGCGAGAAAUUAAAACGAAAAGAACAAAUGCGUCAAUACCGGGAAUACAUGGACCAACAAAGGGAAAUACGUAGAGCACAAGAAGAAAUUGCAGAAGAAGAGUUUAGACGCAAACGAAUAGAAGACUCAAUAAAAAGACAGGAUGAAUUACAAAAAUUAAGAAAAGAAAAGGAAAAGAAAGCCAAGCAAGAACAAAAGGAAGAAUUAAAGAAGCAACAAUUACAAGAAAAAGACGCUAAAAAGAAACAAGCAAGGUUUGGCAAAUAUAGUCAUAAAGUAAAGCAAUGGGUCAAGGAUAAAAAACUAUGCGAUUUAGAUCAAUUAUCAGCAUCAAUUGGAUUAGAAAAGCAAGAUAUCAUUGAUAUCUUAAAGCAAUUAACAAGACUACGAAAGAUUGAAUAG